AAAAAUAAAAUAAUGAUAUAAAUAGAAAUCAAUAGUCACGACGCGAUGAUCGAGGAAGCACUAGUAUGGUGUAACUGUUACAAAGUUAGUUCUCUUCCAUCUCCGUCGGCCUCACUGUCUCCAUUUCGCUAUCGCAAUCAUCUUCACCGUCUUCUUCGGAAUGCGCCAUUUUCAUCUUCUGUAACUGCUCACAGUGCAUUUUUGGUGAGCAGAAGAAAGAGGUUUUGUGAGAAGCUUGUGUCCAACAUGGCUAAUUAUGAAGGACAGACGGUUACUAGUGGCAGCGAUGUUAGAUCAGGGAGUAUGAUUUUUGUGCCUAUUUUGGAAGAUGGAGUGUUCCGGUUUGAUUGUUCCGUGAAUGAUCGAGAUGCAGCGUAUCCCAGUAUUUCUUUUGCGAAUAGCAGGGAUAGAGACACACCUAUCUCGACUCAGAAGCUUCCUUUGUAUAUCCCUACGUUUGAGUGUCUUCUAGAGCAGCAGGUUAUCAAACUUGAGCUGCCUGUAGGUUCCUCCCUUUAUGGAACUGGAGAAGCUAGUGGAGAUCUAGAGAGGACGGGCAAAAGAGUUUUCACGUGGAACACAGAUGCAUGGGGUUAUGGACCUGGAACUACAUCCUUGUAUCAAUCCCAUCCAUGGGUGUUAGCGGUUCUUCCCAAUGGUGAGGCACUUGGAAUUCUUGCUGACACUACAAGGCGCUGUGAGAUUGAUCUGAGGAGAGAAUCAACGAUACAGUUUGUUGCUUCAUCCUCAUAUCCUGUCAUUACAUUCGGCCCAUUUUCUUCACCCACUGAAGUGUUGAUAUCCCUAUCAAAAGCAAUUGGAACUGUAUUUAUGCCCCCAAAAUGGUCGUUAGGCUAUCAUCAAUGCCGUUGGAGUUAUUUAUCUGACCAGAGAGUUCUGGAGGUUGCAAAAACGUUCCGGAAAAAGUGUAUACCUUGUGAUGUGAUAUGGAUGGAUAUUGAUUACAUGGAUGGUUUUCGUUGUUUCACCUUUGACAAGGAGCGUUUUCGAGAUCCUACAUCUUUAGUGAAAGAUCUCCAUUAUAGUGGUUUUAAAGCUAUUUGGAUGCUUGAUCCUGGAAUCAAGCAUGAGGAUGGUUAUUUUGUAUAUGAUAGUGGUUCUAAAAAUGAAGUUUGGGUCCAAAAGGCAGAUGGAACUCCUUAUGUUGGGGAGGUGUGGCCUGGACCAUGUGUCUUCCCUGACUAUACACAGUCAAAAGUUCGUGCAUGGUGGGCAAAUUUAGUUAAAGAUUUCAUUUCCAAUGGUGUUGAUGGUAUAUGGAAUGAUAUGAAUGAACCAGCUAUCUUUAAGGUUGUUACAAAAACAAUGCCUGAGAGCAAUGUUCAUAGAGGAGAUGGUGAACUGGGGGGUUGUCAGAAUCAUUCGUUCUAUCAUAAUGUGUAUGGUCUACUGAUGGCAAGAUCAACUUAUGAAGGCAUGAAACUAGCCAAUGAAAAUAAGAGGCCUUUCGUUCUCACUAGAGCUGGAUUUCUUGGCAGCCAAAGGUAUGCUUCAACAUGGACUGGAGAUAAUCUUUCUACCUGGGAGCAUCUUCAUAUGAGUAUCUCAAUGGUACUUCAGCUGGGACUUAGUGGUCAGCCACUUUCAGGUCCUGAUAUUGGUGGAUUUGCUGGAAAUGCAACACCUAAGCUUUUCGGAAGGUGGAUGGGUGUAGGUUCCAUGUUUCCCUUUUGCCGAGGUCAUUCUGAAGCUUCCACAGCUGACCAUGAACCCUGGUCCUUUGGGGAAGAGUGUGAAGAAGUUUGCCGAUUGGCACUGAAGAGGCGCUACCGUCUAAUCCCUCUUAUCUACACUCUUUUCUAUUUUGCUCACACCAGGGGCACUCCAGUGGCAACCCCUAUUUUCUUUGCCGAUCCAAAAGAUCCUAGCCUGAGGAAACUUGAAAAUUCGUUUUUGCUUGGUCCGGUCUUAGUGUAUGCAAGCACCUUACAAAGACAGGGGUUGGAUAAGAUGGAGAUUACUUUACCUAAGGGAAUAUGGUUGACUUUUGAUUUCAAUGAUGCACAUCCGGAUUUGCCAGCUUUAUACUUAAAAGGUGGCUCAAUUAUUCCUGUGGGCCUCCCUCUUCAGCAUGUUGGAGAAGCUAAUCCCUCAGAUGACUUGACCCUUCUUGUGGCUUUAGAUGAACAUGGGAAAGCUGAAGGUGUUCUGUUUGAGGAUGAUGGUGAUGGAUAUGAAUUCACAAAAGGGAAUUAUUUAUUAACACACUAUGUGGCUGAACUUAAAUCAUCGGUAGUUACUCUGAGGGUACACAAAACUGAAGGAUUAUGGGAAAGACCCAAACGCCGCCUGCAUAUUCAGCUAUUGCUGGGUGGGGGUGCAAUGCUUGAAACAUGGGGAAGUGAUGGAGAAGUUCUGCAACUAAUCUUGCCUUCAGAAGAGGAGGUGUUGAAGCUAGUAUCUAUUAGUGAGAAGCAAUACAAGGACCGUUUGGAAAAUGCAACUGCAAUUCCUGAUAUAGAAGAGGUUUCUGGACCCAAGGGAACAGAGCUUUUAAAAACUCCCAUUGAAUUGAAAAAUGGGGAGUGGGAUCUUAAAGUUGUUCCCUGGAUUGGGGGUAGAAUAAUCUCCAUGACACACAUUCCUUCAGGAACACAAUGGCUCCAUAGUAGGAUUGAGAUCAAUGGAUAUGAGGAGUACAGUGGUACGGAGUAUCGUUCUGCUGGGUGUUCUGAGGAGUAUUCUGUCAUUGAUCGAGAACCUGGGCUGGUGGUGUUAGAGGGUGAUAUUGGUGGAGGAUUGGUUCUUCAACGUCAUGUCUAUGUUCCAAAGAAUGUUGCCAACAUCAUCCAGAUAGACUCUAGUAUAAUAGCCCGCAGUGUUGGAGCUGGUUCUGGAGGGUUCUCAAGGUUGGUUUGCUUACGAGUUCACCCAACGUUCAUUCUUUUGCAUCCGUCUGAAUCUUUUGUUUCAUUUACUUCAAUGGAUGGAUCAGUGCAUGAAGUCUUUCCUGAUAGCGGGGAGCAAUUCUUUGAAGGAAAUCUCAUUCCUAAUGGUGAGUGGAAGCUCAUUGACAAAUGUCUUGGCUUGGCACUGGUCAACCGAUUUAGUGUAACUGAGGUAUUCAAGUGUCUCGUUCGCUGGGAUUGUGGCACUGUCAACCUGGAGCUUUGGUCUGAGAGUAGACCUGUUUCAAAGCAAUCCCCUCUUCGAAUUUCACAUCAAUACGAGGUUUUAAGAAUCCCAUAAUAACCAGAUAUCUGGAAUGUUCAUAAUGCUGAGUAGUGCUGCAGCAAAACAUGCACGUAAAACUAUGCAUCUGAAUUUCUGUGCUCCUUCCUUCUUCCUGUUCACCCGAAUGCCUGUUCUGUGGUUGAACUCUAUUUCUGAAGAUAUAGCACAUAUUUGUACUUCGAAUCUCAUUAGGAUCGUAUUGUAUUUGUCGUUUUAACGCCC